AUGAACAAUAUUCUCAAGUACGGCUCAAUUUCUAAAAUUCCACUUUACGAUUGCAGCGCCCAUACCGCUGAAGAAUGGUCCCAAAGAGAUGGAGUUCCACGUCCAAUUAUCGGAUGUUUGGACAUGGCCUAUGGAAUUUUCAUUAAUAUCAUGUACAUCCCGAUCUUGACUGUCAUGUUCGAGUCGGACCACUUCAAAUUAUCCUGCUUCAAAAUCAUGAUCUUUCUCGGAAUAGUCGAUAUGGCAGCACUCUGGGUCAACUCGAUCGCCACAGGAUUCCUAGCGUACCAUGGAGCUGUGUUCUGCUCCUACCCGAAUUUGAUCUACAUUGCCGGAAUGGCGGGCUUGGGGCUUUGGUGCUGUUCGUGUAUUAUUGCGAUGAGUCUGGUGGUAAAUCGGUUGUUGGAUUUGACAAAACCGAGAAUUUGUGCAGCUAUAUUUGAGGGGAACAAGACGUUUGUCGUGAUGAUGCUGCCGAUUAUGUACGGGCUUUAUUUUGUGUUCUUCACAAAGCCUGUGAUGUUUUCUUCAAAGUAUAUGACAUGGUUCUUUGACCCCCUGAUUUUUGAGGGACGUGGCAAUGAGUACGCCAACAUUCCCCAUGGAUUUAACAACCUACUCGUCGUAGGUAUCACUUGCCUGCUCUACACCUCCCUUUGUUGUGUACUCGGGGAAAAGUUCAAUAUGAUCGAGGACACUACUAAUUCGAAAAUGAAGAAUAUGAGUCUCCAAAUCUUCUUCCAAUCCGCACUGAUCUGCGCCAUCAACCAGGUGGCGUCCAUCAUCUACGUCAUCAUGAACUUCGUCGAUGUCCCACUGUGGAUCAUCAUGAUGGGACAUGUACUCUGGCAAUUUGGACAUGGUGCACCUGUCCUGAUCUACCUGUGCUUAAACCGGACAUUGAGAAGUGGGCUGCUCAGGAGAUUGGGGUUGCGGAGAGUUCGAAUUGGGCACAUGGAAAGAGGAAGCAUUAAUUUUACCAAGACCGCGUCUAAUUGAUUUUGAAUUUUUUUUUUUGAAUUCUUUUAUACUUUGUGAUGAAAACUAUCAUUGCCCAA